CCUUACACUUUCCCAUUCUGGUUUAUGUGUAUUUUUCACCCGUCCACCACUGGACACCCCUGUUUCAACAAUCGAUCACCCCAUAGCAGUGACACGCAAUUUGCAUAUUAACUUUCUCAAGCCCUGCCUCCCUCAGCCGGCUCUCCCAUGUCCAGUCAAGUGAGGGCAGGCUUGAUGAGCCCUGUAUGUAUAUAGGGGAGAGCUCUUGCAUGUUGCAUGCAUUCACUCACUCAUUGUGGUAUAAGUUGGUGCCUGCCAGCCAACACCACCGAAGAAGAUGCUGUUUUUGUUUCAUUCAGUAAAAGGCUGAGGCACACAGAGAGUGUUACACAGCUUUCUUGUUGGUGAAGUGAAUAGCUGCACAAAUGCUGAGAACUUUGCAACGAGAAGAAGAGGUCUGAGUAUCAGCAGGCAUCUCAUGUCAUCAGAUUACUGAAACCAAGUUUUUUUCGGACUCUAGCACAGGAAACAUUGUCAUCUUCAUUUGUUUCACCAUCAAGUUUGAUUGUAUUGAGCUUUUUGUUGGCACUGGACGUUUCAUCGCAACAGUCUGACGUUGAUGUGACAUGGACUGCAUCACAUCGUGUUAAUACUGCUGUGCUAGCAACAUCAGUAGAUGAUUGCAUUUGCUCGAAAGACUCACAGUGACUUUCAAAUCAUCUAAAAGAAACAAAAAUCUGUGGACUGGAACGACACAUAGUCAUGAGAGUAAAAUGAAGUGAAUGGUUUUCAUCAUGAUCAUGCCCACCCAUCUGCCACCAGACUGAACAUAAUCUAUGAGACAAAUCCAUAAGAUAUCACUUUUAUCAGGAAUCUUCUACAUUUGUCGGCGUGAAGCACUGAGUAAGGAACUGUGCACAGCAGGACGGACGAGUCUCCAACCCACGCUUUCCGACGAACCACGCCACAUGGAGUCAGGAUACUUUCCUGAUUAAGAACAUGUUUUUCAUCCAUAAAUCGACCCAACAAUAACACCACCGUCAUCCUGCGAUCACUUACCCACACUGGUAAGCCUUCUAUCCUUUCUGCUUCAGAAAAAAAAGAACUGUAAUACAAUCCCGACUGUUGUCUCUGAUGAACCUGUGUCCAAGACACCACCUCGGUGGGAGAUCAUCCAGCCAAGCUGUGAAGUAGUCUGGCUGAACAUUUGCUGUAGAAACACAGUACCGGCCGCAACCCGUGGAGUGUUUCCUCCCGUUCACUGGAAACGGCACCCUGCGAGCGAGAGAUCGUGUGUCUCCUUUCAGAUUGUAUUUACAUCACCGGGGAUUGUAAGGUUUCAUUGGCCUACCCGCUGGUGUUUGGACGGUUCUCCGAGGGAGGGCCAUUUAGACUUCACUGCUUUCAGUGUCGAGUCAUAACCCAUACAACUGAUCCAGUAUAAAGCCUUUGCUUUGAUGCUUGGCCCUCAAGCAGUUUGUCGCAAUCCUGUUGCCAGUUUUGUUUAUCAAACCGCAUGUAACUUUGCCAUUGGCUCAUUUGAAAGAAACGUUUGCAUCCAGAGACCAACUACUGUCGCUGAAUGCUGAGACCCAACAUAGUUCACCCUGUGGUACAGACAGCCAACUUGAUCCAACCUCUCUGUUUCAUUGAUAGACGUGGUUUUAGCAAUGCAGUAAUUUACAUGGACCCCAUUGACAAAUUAGUCAAUCAAUAUUUGUCAUUGAAGGUAAAGGUCGAAUCCUCUACCGUUGCUCAGUCACGGACAAUAUAACCCCACUGUGUUCAUCUUUGUGCCAUCAAAAUCACCCAGAACACUGAAGUGAACGUGAGUAUAUUGUCCAUCCGUCUCUCGUUUGCCAAGCACGCAACAGCAUUUCCCUCACGCAACUGUGCAAAUAGACACUAAUGAAAUCGCUUUCAUCGCUGUCCAUCGAAACCAGCCAAAUGGACUCCUUUUGAGAAAUUGAUGAGAGUUUGAUGAAAAAUUUCAAAGAGUUUCUCAUUUUAUUCUUUUUUUUCUGGCUGGAAGUUACCAUCGUCAACAGCAGACAGUCCACGGCUAUUUUUGGAAAAGCUGAAGUAUUUUCUCUGGACCAUAUUUACCCUGCAAGUGGAAAUUUGAGAGAAUAGUUUGACGAGCGUGAUCAGGAGAACAAAAAUUAGAUAUCGUCAGGACCCAUUAACCCAAGGUUUUCAAACAUAGCGGAAAUGGCUGCAAUUAUCGCAAUUAUGGCCUACACUUGCUCACUUUGUCUGCUGUGAUGGUAAGUGCUGUCCACCGAAUUGACUGAACAGUCGGGGGCAUUUUCAGUGUCCAACUCAGCCCUGUCACAGUUGGGAUGAAAAACUUGUCUUGAACAAAACAACCAAUCAGUGUUUUUUGGUUUUGUUUUUUACAUUGUCGGAGAUCAGCCAGAAACUGCUUAUAAUUGACUACCUGUUUGACAGUCGCUGCACCUGAGCAACACUGACACUGUCCAAUUUCAAGGAUCAGUGUGUCACUUAAUCCCAACUCUCUCUAAACUAACAAACACCUAUUACCCACACGCGCAAAGCCGAGGCGAGUCAAUUACAUGUACCUGUAGUCUCCAGUAAGUGAACGUGGACAUUUUCAUUGUUCCCGUGAGAUCCGAAUUAUUUUCAAAAGAAUUGAGUCUGCCCUUACUCAGAUGUCCAAACUUGUUUUCUCCGUCUGCUGAAAUUAAGCCUUUGAUAUGCCAAUCGACUUUAGAGGACAAAACCCCAACCAGAAAAGACUUGCGGUGUUUAUGUACGCAGUAAUGACGUUCAUCGUCUGUCCUUACUUCACAUAUGCACAGCUGUGAGAUUUGAGUGGAGAAUUGGACAGCAGAGACAUUUAACCUCUAGUAAGCUGCUAAGAUUUGUACUCAGAAUGGCUACGGAGAAAACAUCAAGCAUCAUGUUGACUACCACAGGAUACACUGAGGCAUUGAGUUCAGUGAUGGCUAUGAACGGGUCAAACAGUUCCCAGCCGGCAACUCCUGACUACUUUAUCAUGGACCUGCAGCGUGUGAUGUUUAUUGUGACGUGCAUCCUGUGCAGCAUGGGAUUGUUAUGUAACGGCUUCAUCAUCGUCAUACUGAUCCGAUUCCCCAACAUGAAAACCCUAGCCAACAAUUUCAUCUUGAAUCUUGCAUUGGCCGAUUUCUUCUUUAUGGUGACCUUCCUGUUCCUCAGCCAUCAGCUCAAGACUGGCCGCUGGGUGUUCGGCGCCUUCCUGUGUCGGAUCAUCGUGCCCUACGAUGCCAUGACCCAGUUCCUGGUCAUCGACUUUGUCAUGAUCAUGAGCAUUGACCGGUACUUUGCUAUCUGCCUUCCCAUCAAAUCCAUGAAUUUCCGCACGCUGCGGAACGGUCGUAUCACCAGUGCGGUGAUAUGGCUGGUAGCCAUGCUGUCCACCCUGCCACUGUGGAUCUACACUGUGCAUAUCUGCCAAAAUGGCUCAUGCCUGUGUCUUGCUGGCGUCUCAUCCAGUCACAACCCAGCCGAUAACCGAUGGUGGAACAUCUACACCAUCAUCAUUGGCUUCUGCGUUCCACUCAUUAUUAUCUGUAUCUGCUAUCUCCUCAUCCUUCACCAGCUAUUGAGGAACCCAAUGCAGGAUUCUAAGAACAGUAGCCGUCGAGCUGCUCGACGGGUUGCUAUCCUGGUCAUCUGUAUCAUCAUUGUCUUCAUCCUCUGCUUUCUGCCCUUCUACGUGGUUCAGUUUGUCCUUAGCACCCUAGAGGAAACCAACAACAUCAUAGCAAUGGUCUAUGUCGUCACCUGGAGUCUCAUGUACUCCCAUAGCAUCAUUAACCCCAUCGUCUACACACUUGUAGGUGAAAACUUCCGCAAGAACAUUGGCUUCAUCUUCUGCAAGCGGUCACGCAACACUAUGUACUCACGCCAGAGCAGCAUGCGAACGUCAAGCUUCCACACUCGCCGUACCCGCAACUCCCUCAAGUCUACCAACAGCAACGAUCCGACAGGAUUGCGUCCUCACAAUGGAUACUACGUCCAUCUAGACACUGGACAGCACCGGGGUGCCAGAGAGGACCCAGUGUAAAUCAUAUGUAAAUAUAUGUAGAUUUAGGUAAAUUAUUCAUUAGUUUAAAGUGUGGGUGUAAUGUAAAUAUUACCUAUAGAGUUUACAUAAAAUCAUAUAUCUGUAACUAGUCACUUAAAGUGGCUUUUUAUAUGUAAAAAGAACAAGUAAUUUAUUAACACACAAACUUUUGAAGUUUUUAAAGUUAAAAAAAAUCAUAGAGAUAUUGACAAGUUUAUUGAUGACAAACAAAAUCAUCAUUCUGUGUAGCAAACCUGUUUGAGAAUGUUUCCUCACUAUAUUGACAGUAUUACGUAACUUGCCCAAAAAUCUGUGCUUGGUAUUGUUCUACCAAUUCCUAAACCUUGCAAGUCUCAGACCUGAAGAAAUAAAACCAAAAAUCUGGGACCACAAGUACCUGUCUAUCAAGAUCCUUAUAACAUGUGUAUAAAAUUUGAGGCUUUGACUAAAAACUUGACUUUUUUUUUUAAUUUGGUGCAUUUUGUUUGCAUAGGGGCCAGCCUGUUCCAUCUGAAUUUAAUUCCUUGAAUGGAUUCUAAACAAGUUAACAGUUCUGUCUUACUCUUCAGGUGAAAAUUCUGUUCAAAACAUUCAUGUUGGAAAUUUGUUUUGAGACUUGACCACAGACAAUCUUUACACAUACAAUUUUCAUUUUGUGAGUGUGAAGAGCCUGUCAAUUGAAACAGGAGGUUUUGGACCAAACCCAUGGCCAACCUUUCCACUUUGCCAGCAAUUACUUUGCAGACCUUGUAAAUAUGUACAGUUCUUAAUUUCACACAUUGAAGUGCAACCUUAAAGUAUAAUUGUAUGUCCUGUCCCUGAACCAAAGCUUUUGUGUACUUUGAAAAAAAGAAGGGAAAAAAACCAAGAAACAAAAAGAGAAAACCAGUUGUUUGUACAUUUAUAUUUCUCGCGAAGGAAUGAUAUAUUGUUUUAUGGACUUGAAAUCUCAUGUUUGUUACAUGUAUGAAAAAAAGAAUGUGCCAUUACCAGUUUACUGCACAGUCUGGGAAGUACGAGGGAUUAGCGAAAAUUCCUGGCAAAAAUGCCUAAAGAUUUAGGGUUAAACUAGCCCAGUGUUUCACAAGUUUCAUCAAUCUACUGGUAUAUUUCGUCAGAGAUGAACAUGUAUCCAUGUCACAAUGAUUUAAGGCUGACAUCUGCCCGAGAACAAUUAAUGAGAGAUCAUUAUUUUCAUCUUUUCUCUCUAAAACAUGAACAUGUAGUAGAGUGAUAUGAAAUAUUGGGGAAAAUCCAAAACGCACACUUUGGCUUACAAUGCUUCCAAUAUUAAAUCCAUAAUAAAAUUACAAAUUCAUAAAAAGUAUUAACUCACAAUCUGUAGACUCUACGUUAGAAUGUCCAUGGCAUAGUUAUUUUGAAGCACAUUUUUAAGAAGGAGUGGUUAAAAACUUUUU